AUGCGCCUCCCGGAACAAGGCUUUACCCCGUCUUCCACCGCUUUCCGUGACUACUACCUCCUGUCGAUCGCUGUCGGCCUUCUCUUGCGGCCCUGUCUUGCAGCCAAACCACACCCACAGCCCAUUGUCGCGACGACAAGCACUGAUUUCUUCGGUUACGAUGGCGCAUGGUCAACCAUCAAUAUUCGCGUUGGAUCGCCAGAGCAGUGGCUCUCGGUUCUACCGAGCACACUCAGCCAGGAGACUUGGGUGGUAGGCCCAGCUGGGUGCGACGGGACAAGUACUUGCCAGUCGAAAAGAGGGGGGUUGUUCUAUGCAAACGAAUCUUCCACAUAUAAACCUAGGGGGUUCUAUGACCUGAACUUUGACUCCCAGCUUGGUACGGCAGGCGUUGGGUACUAUGGGUUGGAUACCAUACACCUCGAUGACCAGACCUUUGUCCCCGACCAGAUUAUUGCAGUGGUUAAUUCGACCGAUCGCUGGCUUGGGACUUUGGGUCUCGGGGUCCAACAGACGCGCUUCAACGGUACAAAGGACUUUCUGCCACUGCUGUCUAGCCUGGUUGAAAACGCGAGCUUGAUCCCCAGUCACAGUUAUAGCUACACCGCAGGAGCUUUUUAUCGGCUCAAGAGCGUUCCGGCUUCGCUGACGCUUGGAGGAAUCGACGCCAACCGGUUCACGCCCAACAACAUGACGUUCUCGCUGAGUGCCGAUUAUGCGCCUGUGAUCGCCAUUAAUUCGAUAUCAGUCUCCUCUUCAUCUUCACAUGGCGAAGCAUUGCCCGCCAAUUGGAACUCCAAUCCUGAGACGCUCCUUGGUGGUUCUCAGGCUGCUUUAUUCACCAUUGACUCUUCGACCCCGUUCCUAUGGCUCCCGGAGAAAGUAUGCGAUUCCUUCGCAUCCGCGCUCAAUCUGACCUACGAUGACAACCUGCAACUCUACAUCUUUCCGGACGACAAUUCAUCAUCUCCGGAUGCCCUUACGGCCUGGAACUUAACCUUCACCUUCACACUCUCCAAUCUCCCUUCAUCCCCCAAUGGCAUUGAUCUUACCUUGCCGUACGACGCAUUCAAUCUUCAGCUGUCCUAUCCCUUUCCGAAUCUCGAAGCGAACUUCACAUCCCCGCCUAAGAACUACUUCCCCUUGCGGAAAGCUGCCAACUCGACCCAGUAUGUCAUCGGACGUGCUUUCCUACAGGAGACCUAUCUGACCGUCGAUUAUGAGCGUAACUCCUUCUCCCUUUCACAAGCCGUCUUUACAUUAGAUGCUGUUGACAAUGUCAACCUCAUGUCAAUAGAGCCUCCUGCCAACAGCAUAUGGGCUGGACCUGACACUCCCACCAAAUCAGGCCUCUCCACCGGAGCGAAAGCUGGAAUUGGAGUGGGCGCCGCAGUGGGCGCCUUAGCGGUUGCGACCCUCAUCUGGAUGCUCUGCUUGAGGAAGAACAAGCCCAAAGCUGACGGAGUUGUCGAGAAGAUCAAGCGACGGAGUCUCCUCAGCAGAUUACAUCGGACGCCAGAUUCAAAGACAUCCGUAUCCGAAUUGCUUGGUGAUAAACGCCAUCCCACCGAGGUUCCCGCCGAUCCGUCAGUUACCCGCUUUGAGCUUCCGGGAGAUACGCCCAUUGAAAUGCCUGGUGCGCCGGUGUCGCCCACUUUCUUCGAAAGCAGUCCGGCGGGCGGCCAGCGGGCUUCGACCACAAGGAAUGACCCUAGACGCCCUGCGGAACUCGAGCACCGCAACUCAAUGUGCAAGGAUGGCGACAUCGCUGCCAGUGAGCGAUCUGGGUCCCCCGUACCUCCCUACUCUCCAGCCGUGAUCCACCACAAUCAUUUUAGCAGUGUGAGUCCGAAUAGCCCCACAAACAGCCACGAGUUUGGGACCCUCUCGUCUGGCGAGCAGGGCAUCAGCCCAGUUGGUGCAAGCAGUGGCCGAUACUCUCGGAUAUCAAGCAACAGCAACAACAGGAGCAUACCGAGUCCUGUAUCUCCUGAAGCCACGUCCAGGCCUCAAGGACACCCUUUGGACCAGUCACAGAUUAGUCCUUCAAGGAAUGAUACUCUUGUGGUGCCGCAGCUACAUGGACGUCCGCCAUCACGCUCACCGAGCACUGGGAGUAGGUUUAGAGAGGAAGGUCUAAGUUCUGAAGGAGAGGAGCAACCGGUUGCGUCCUCGGGACAGCCUACUACUCGAAGCCCGAGGUUCAGCUGGGAACAGUAG